CUUUCUGUCGCUUGCCGCCAUGGUGUCUGCUCCGGGCACCCAGACAAUUGGCCCUGCCAUUGGCAAUGCGAACAUGUCGAAUGCUCCCCAGACUGUUCCGCCGAGCGGGAAUCGUCCUGGUGUCGCUCCUCCGUACCCUUCGGUGCCUGCAAAGUCGGUGACACCGCAGCGGCUGGUGCAGCUGCAGUCCAUCCUGCAACGUUUUGAGGUUUCCAUCGCGGAGGCCCAGGAUUUGGUGGUCUUGGAGGACUAUGAAAUCGUGAUGAUUCUCGACGACUCUGGCAGCAUGAAGCUGAGCAGCAAACCCGCUGGACAGAGGUCUCUCUUUGAGGCGGGCGGCGCCACGCGCUGGGAUGAGUUGAAGGAGUCUGCUGCGCUGCUGAUCGACUUGGCGUGUUGCUUCGAUAGGUCGGGCGUGGACGUCUUCUUCCUGAACAACGGAUUGAUCGAUGGUGUCAAGAGUGCGCAGGAUGAACGAUUGAGAAAUGUGUUUGACGCAAACAGACUAGGAACUACACCCCUAACGGAAACUGUGCAGAUGGUGGCGCAGAAUUGCAAAGGAGAAAGGCCCAUCCUGCUGAUCAUCUUCACAGAUGGAGAGCCCAAUGGAGGCAUCAAGAAAUUUGAGAAGGAGUUGAAACGUAUCGUCACAAAGAAGAGCACCGACAUGACGGUCAAGGUGCAAAUCAUGGCCUGCACGGCAGACCAAGAUGCGGUGGGAUACUUGAACGACAUCGAUGAGAAGUUCGGCAAGGUUGAUGUCACGGAUGAUUUCUACAGCGAGCAACACGAGGUUGUGGUCAAGGCUCGAAAGCGACCUCAGUUCACACGUGGAGAUUGGCUCAUGAAAGCCCUGCUGGGGCCAAUCACUCACAAGUUCGAUGACUGGGAUGAGACGGGCAAGAAGAAGAAGGCUUGCAAACACUGCGACGAUUCAGACUGCAGUAGCGACAGUAGUCAUGAUGAGCAGUGUGACAUUUGCGUCAUCGCCUAAUGUUGGCUGAGCGACAGCUUGCUGCUCCACGGAUCGCAAAAUGGCCGCCAGAGUUACAAACAGAAUCUUAUUCCUGGAUAAAUUGUAACGAUCGAACUGUCGGACGUCUGCAAAUGAUGCUUUUGGGGGGAAUCAUCCCCAAACAUGGCCGAACGUUUUGAGGUUGGG